UUCUUCUCUUCUCCUCAUCCUCUGCAAAUCCAAGAAAAGCAAAAAAAGUGGGAGAUUGUUAAGAUUUUCAACCUAACUACAGAUACUCUUCUCAAAAGCAAGAAAGCAAAAAAGAGCUAUUUGUCUCUCGUCCAUUGAGAUAUAUGCCUUGUACAGGGACCCAAUAGGGAAAGGAAAAGAUUAUGAAAAAUAAAGAAGUAACAAUAUCAAGAAAAAAAAAAGUAAGUAAAUUGUGGGAAUCUUUCUUCGUCUUUCACUGUGUAGUUGAUCCCACAUCGCCACCUCUCCUUUCCCUGAUACUGAGACAAAGUUAGAUUUUCUGUGCUUCUGGCAUUAGCCUAUGAGCAUUUCUACCUAUGGGAUUGUCAUGUGGGGAGCAUGAUUUCGAUAAGAGAGAAAGUGAAGUCCCACUGAUAGAUGAGACUAGACAGAGCAGACAAAGGUGUAGUGACAUGGAUUUACACCAUCAUCAUCAUCAUCAUCAUCAUCAUGCAGUUGAAUUUGAUGUUGAAUUCUGGCCUGUUGAACACCCAUUGGAGCCCCAGGAUGAGGAUCGCCCUGUCAAAUGCCCAAUUCCAGCCUCCUCUGUUGUCAAUGAUGGAAGCUUGCGCGAGGAGAAGUAUGGAUAUGGUGAGAGCUUGAGGAAGAGAACAGAGGUUCCAGCAGUAGUGAGCAAAGAAGGCAUUGUUAUUGUGGCUGCAGAGCCUCCACUUCAAGCAGUGCGUAAAAGGCACCAUACUCUUACCCAAGAAGAUCAUAUAAUAACACCUUUACCAAGAAUGCCUCCUCUUCCUCCUGUUCCCACCCAGAAUGUUACCAUCUUUCAAAUGCUUCAACAGUUGGAUGAGUUUGAGUGUUAGCAAAGUAGAUAAAAAAAAAAAAAAUGAAUUCCAUGUUUUCUCAUCUAUCUUUUGUUUCUUUUCUAUCAAAUUGUGGAGUGAUGAGAAAUGCUUCUUCUUGAUUAGAUAAAUGUAUCUUCAAUACAGAAAGAAAAAUCCUAGAUGCAGCAAGAA